AUUAACGGCAACGACAAUUUUUCAGCUGAAAAUCGCGUUCGCUGUAAAAUCAGGCAACAAAUAAGCUUCAAGCUCCAAUUAAAAGCCUUGUGAUUUGUGAUAUCAAUCAACGUCCCAGCAAAACCUUGUCAAGGAUCCAAGAAAUGGCUGAUCUAAUUAAAUUGGGUAAAUCGGAUUAUAUCAAAGCUAAUGUAUCCAACUCGCAUAAUGAUGCCGUCGCGUUUGAGGUAAAGCUUGCCAAAGACUUAACGAUCUCGGCCCUGAAGAGCAAGCUGGAAAUAUUGACUGGCGGGAGUGCUGGCACCAUGAAAGUGGAACUGUACAAAGGCGACAAGUGCUUGGGCACCCUGGAUAACAACGAUGCCCAGCUGGGAUACUAUGCCAGUUGCGAUGGUCUUCGCCUGCAUGUCAUCGAUACAUUCGCCAGCUUCUGCUUUGACGCUCCCGUUGAGAAAUUCGAGCUGAGCAAAGACCAGUACGACCAAAGGUCCGACUCAGUGCGGCAUUACCUGAAACAAAAUCGUCUGGGAAAGUACAACGAGGAGGAAAUGCAGCAGAUUGAGGAGAAGAAACGACAGCAAGCAGAAGAGGUACAGAAGCGGGCCGAGCUGUGUGUCGUUGACAAGCGAUGCGAGGUGACUGUGCAGGGUAAUCCACGACGUCGCGGUACGAUUAAGUACAAUGGACCACUUGAAGGGAAAAGUGGUAUUUUCAUUGGAAUACAGUAUGAUGAACCACUGGGAAAGAAUAACGGAAGUGUCAAUGGAAAAGUAUACUUUGUAUGUCCUCCAAAUUAUGGCGGCUUCGUCUCCCCGUUAUCCGUGACUGUGGGUGAUUUUCCACCAGAAGACUUCAACCUUGAUGAGGAACUCUGAGCAUUUUUCAAUCCAACUAUUAAAUCUCACAUCGCACAUACCACUUUAACAGAAAGACUCAACAAAGCAAAUUUUAGUUAUGCCAUUUUGUAUUUAUUAAUUAAAACAUCUAUGUAUGUAUAUCAGAUAAUCGUACAACAUGAUUAUUUGUAAAUUCUAUAAUCGGCUUAAUCAUUUUUCUGAUUUAAUGGUGUUCUCAAUCAUUUCACAUCUGUUUAUAUUACUCGUAACUCAACCACUUGUAGACAAAAUAAAUACCAGAAGAAUACAUUCUAAAA